AUGAGAUCAAUAAAAAACAAUCCAUCUCAAAAAAUGUGGAAUCCCAAUAUGAGAAAAUAAGAAGAGAUAUCAAGGUCUAAAAGUGAUUAUUCUUUUUAGGAAAGCUUUAUUUUUUAUGAUUUGUUUAAUUACAACUCUAGCUUGCAAUAAUGGUAACUAUUGAUUACAAGGAAAAAUUUAUCCUGCAAGGUGAUAAAUUAUUUUGUUUUCAAUAAUUGUCCAGGGAAACCAUAUAAGGAGUUGAUAAUUCUUUAGAAUAAGAGAUUAAUAAAACUAAACCUUACUAAUAUUGAACUUCUAAAUUUUAGCCAAACGUUUCAAAAGGUUAAUCGUACGACAAACAAUCCUCGUUCUAUUUACAACAAGAAAAAUUGUGGAUUAGUCAAAGGAAUUAAAUAGAGGUCCUAAUAUUCAAAAAAAUUGAAAGGGUAAUUUCAAAUAAUUCUACAGGUAUUAUUUAUCCUCUAAUGAUAGCAUAAUUAAGUUGAGAGAAUAAAGAAUUGUGGGCCUGUAUAAUUUUUAAUUUUAUUAUUUAGAAGUCAAUAUUAAAUGCACAUCUUCUUCCGAGGGUCUAGCCUCGACCGGGUCUCUACAAAGGUGCCCUUGAUGCGAAAGUUUAAACUUCACCUUCUUCUUUUUAUUAUGAUGUCCUUGAGCAUCAUUGUCAACAAUCGUUCCUAAUUAUCGUAGAACGCUUGCGAUAGGUAAAUUUGUAGUAUUCAUAAAAAGGAGAUUAUUUUGAUUGAUAUGGAUUCAGAUUCAUAGAAUAAGAAAAUAGAAGAUAGAUUUGCAUGUGUUGAUUGUAUUUGUGAGAAUCCAUAAAUAAAAUAUUAAAGUAUCGAAAAUGUGGAUAAGUAAUGGAAGGAAUUUAAUACAGAAAGUGAAAGGGUAUUAAAAGAAUACAAAAAUGAAAGCAAAGAGAAAAAGACUGAAUUAUUAAAUUAAAUAGCACAUAUGAGAAAGAAUUAUAAUAAAAAACUGAAUGAAAUAAGUGAUAAAUUGAUCGCAGAAUAGUUCUUAAACAGAGAUAAGACUUAAUAAUCAAAUCAAACAAAAAAGAUUUCAAUUUAAACAUUAGGUGAAGAAUAAUUACUGAAGGAUUUAAAAUAAUUAAUUGAAAAGGAAAAGGAUAAAGAAAAAGUCUCAUAAAGUCAAAUAAUUAUAAAUUUAAAAAAUAAGGAUUAGAUAUUCAAAAAGGACAUUCAAUAUCAUUUAGAAUCAUUACAACAAUAUGAUUAAUAGGAUAUUUAAUAAUCAUUGGAUAUACUAAAGGAUAUUUCAAGUAUUAAAUUUCUAUUUUUUUAGUUGAAAAGAAUUUAAUCAUUUAACUAAUUGAUAUGAUCUAAGAAAUGUAAAAAUGUGCAUAAAAGGAUGAAAACUAUUAAAACCAAAUGAAUUUUAUCAAAGAAAUUUAAGAAUUGAUUGAUUAAGCUAAAAAAUAUCAAUGUUAAUUAAAUCUAUUUGAUUAAACUAUUAUGGUUUAUUAAUAAAAAUGCAAACAAACAUUGCUUUUGAAUGAAUUAAAAAUAAAAAGAAUUAGGACAAUAUAAUGA